GGCUUUAAAGUGACUCAAACCCUCCCAAAGACUGAGUGCAGACAGUCUCCACAGCACUAAGAAGUUGGCUUACUGUGACUGAACUGCAGCUUUUCUUGUCAGCCUAAAAGGAAAAACAGGAGAAAACCUUUAGACUUCCUGAAGACAGGCAGAUAAGGUGCUGCACACCCAGGACAAUGGGAAACUGAGCAGGCUCAGCACUUUCUACUGUAUUUAUUGUGAAGGAAAGAGGAGCAAGGACAAACUGGAGGAUACUAGAGAUUACAUUGCCAUGGAAACCAAAAGCUGGAAGCGGACACGAGGACCACUGAAGGUGGAUGAGCUCCCUUGAAUGCAUCUUCACGUCGUUGUCCUGCUGCACACUGUGGUUAGAGAAUGCUGUGGAGAAUCACCAUCCCCAUCCUCCUUGCUGGGUUCUUCUGCGUCAUUGCAGAGACCAAAAAGCUCCGGCCCCAAGGCUCAAUACCAUCCCCACACAAGGCCAAAGGAAACCUGUCUGCAGAUCACCCCCACAGACUUUUGCAGCAGAAACCCGAAGUCCUGUCCUCAAGCCGAGAGGCCCUAGUUGUGACUGAGCGGCGUUACCUCCGAAGAGACUGGUGCAAGACCCAACCCCUUCGCCAAACGAUCAGUGAGGAGGGUUGCCGCAGCCGCACCGUGGUCAACCGCUUCUGCUACGGCCAGUGCAACUCCUUCUACAUCCCGCGGCAUCUGGGUCCCAGCUCGAGUCAUGGACACAGUCGAGGUCAAACUUCAGGGUCGGGAAGGAAGGGCCACAAUAAAGCCCAGGAGCCCUUUCAGUCCUGCUCCUUCUGCAGGCCGCACCGCAUCACACAGCUCACAGUGCAGUUAGACUGCCCAGAUCUGCAGCCCCCCUUCAGACACCGCAAGGUGCAGAGAGUCAAACAGUGUCGAUGCAUGUCUGUGGAUGUGACCGGUCAUGGAAAACUGUGAAGGACUACCUUAAGAGAUUUUUGUUGUUCCAUUACUUGCCAGAGUCAGGGGUGAGGAACAUUGUGAAGUCAUACUAAAAAAAGAGGCUUGUCCAGCAAAAACUGAACGUAGAAAACGUGUGAUAAAGG